AUGGUUAAGAUCACUGGCUUCACAACGCGGGACGUGAGGUUUCCGACCUCCCUCGACAAGACCGGCUCCGAUGCCAUGAACGCUGCCGGCGACUACUCCUCCGCCUACUGCAUUAUCCACACUGACUCUGACUUCAGCGGUCACGGCAUGACAUUCACAAUUGGUCGUGGCAAUGAGAUUGUCUGCUCCGCCAUUGAGCUCAUCACACCCCUUAUCGUUGGAAAAGACCUGGACGAGUUGACCGCCGACUGGGGCAAGACCUGGCGCUACCUCGUCUCCGACAGCCAGCUCCGCUGGAUUGGUCCCGAGAAGGGAGUCAUCCACCUUGCUAUGGGUGCAGUCGUUAAUGCCCUUUGGGAUCUAUGGGCUAAGACCCUCGGCAAGCCUGUCUGGCGCAUUGUUGCGGAUAUGACUCCCGAGGAGUUCGUUCGCUGCAUUGACUUCCGAUACAUCACUGAUGCUAUUACUCCCGAAGAGGCUCUGUCUAUGCUGAAGGAGAUCGAAGCUGGCAAGCAGGAGAGAAUUAAGGAGGCUGAGGCUAGCAAGGCCGUGCCGGCAUAUACUACUAGUGCCGGAUGGUUGGGAUACCCCGAGGAUAAGUUGAAGAGACUUCUGAAGGAGAGUGUGGAGCAGGGAUAUAAGCACUUCAAGUUGAAGGUUGGUGGAAGCUUGGAGGAUGAUAAGACUCGCUUGAGAAUUGCCCGUGAAGCUAUUGGUUAUGACAAGGGAAACAUCUUGAUGGUGGAUGCUAACCAGGUCUGGUCCGUCCCUGAGGCUAUUGAGUGGAUGCAGGAGUUGGCUGAGUUCAAGCCUUGGUUCAUUGAGGAGCCUACCUCCCCCGAUGACAUUCUCGGCCAUGCCGCUAUUAAGAAGGCUCUUGAGAACACUCCUCACGGGACCGUUGGUGUUGCUACUGGUGAGAUGUGCCAGAACCGCGUUAUCUUCAAGCAGCUACUGCAAGCUGGUGCUUUGACUGUUCUCCAGCCUGAUGCCUGCCGUGUUGGUGGAGUUAACGAGGUCUUGGCUAUCCUGCUCUUGGCUCGCAAGUUCGGCGUUCCUAUUGUUCCCCACUCCGGUGGUGUUGGUCUGCCAGAGUACACCCAGCACUUGAGUACCAUUGACUACGUGGUUGUUACUGGCAAGCGAAGUGUGUUGGAGUAUGUUGACCAUCUGCAUGAGCAUUUCGUUCACCCAUCCAGCGUUAAGGAUGGAUACUAUGUUACUCCUAUGGAGCCUGGAUACAGUGUGGAGAUGAAGGCCGAGAGCAUGGAUGCCUUUGCUUUCCCUGGUGAGGAAGGAAAGAGUUGGUGGCGCUCCGAGGAGGCUAAGACUAUCAUCGAUGGUCCUCGUGUGGUAUAA